CACAUCAAUACACACCAAACCCCAUGUCUAGUUCACUGAAACCCACAAAACCAUCACCAUGUCUAAAUUCAUUGCCCUAAUCCUUGUCUUAGCUUUUUUCGCAACAAUAACUUUUAGUCUUAAAUGUUACAAAUGCGAUCCGGAUUCGUCCGGCAAGUGCAAAACCCUCGACAAUGAUGAUGAGUUUCCUUGCGAGAACCAAAUAAAACCCAGUCCUCAAGUGGACGAUUGGUCGUGUUACAGCAUUUAUUUCGAAAGUAAAAGCAAUAACCGCCGGAGUGGUAUAUACAGAGGGUGUCGCACAAAAAGAAAAGAUUCGUCGAAUGUGUGCGAUACACUCAAGAUCGAAGAAAGAAAAGGUGAAGGUGGUACCGUUGUGUCUUGUAAAGAGUGCAAAGAAGAUCUGUGCAAUGUUGGAUCACCAGAUGGAGCUGCCAGUUUAACCCUUUCAAUAACGACAUUCUUUAUAGCUGUUGUGUGUUUCUAUUUCUCGAAUUUUUAAUUUUUCAUAAAAUGAUUUUUUAAUAAACUUUUGCACAAUA